AUGCUGAUUGCCACCGCUAUACCAAGGAAUAAAUUUGAGCAAAUCAUGAAAUAUCUGCAUUUCAACGACAAUUUACUUAAUGAUGGAUCCGGCAAAUUGUUCAAGGUUCAACCUUUGAUUGAACAUGCGAAUGACAAGAUUCUGAAAAUGGGACAGCCAUUGGGAAAACAUUUCUCUAUCGACGAAGCUAUGGAGCCUUACUACGGCAGGAACUCUAUAAAGCAAUUCAUCCGAGGAAAGCCAAUUCGUUUUGGCUACAAAUUUUGGUGCCUUUGUACUCAUGACGGAUGUUUCAUCAAGUUUAUCCCGUAUGAAGGAAAAACUGAUCGUGACCCUGGAGAACCAUUGGGUUCGAAGGUUGUGUCCAAUUUGAGCAAAGAUAUUGUUGCUGAAGAAAGUUACGUGCACAUAGAUAAUUUUUUUACCAGUUUGGCUCUUCUUGAAGAUUUUGGCAAGAGGGACAUAAAUAUCAUUGGAACCAUCCGUAACAACCGCAUUGAAAAGGCCACGUUGGAAUCCAUUAAAAAGCAAGCUCGUGGAUCAUAUGACAUUGUGCGUGAUACUGAAACAAACAUCACCAUUGUUCGUUGGAAUGACAAUAAUGUUGUCAUUAUGGCUACAAGUGUCAAAAACGACAACAUUGUCCUACGUGAAGAACGUUUGAUCAACGCUUGA